AUGGGGAGUACCUAUUUUUCCUAUAUAAACCUCCAUGUUGAAACUUCAAUUCCCACAUUGGGCCAUUUCCCCUCCUGUAUUGUCCUUGGUAAAGGACAUGCUCUUUUGUUCACUUUCAAACUACACUCAUUAGUUACCGAGUACAAACAGAGGAUCCAAACUCCGGCCAAUUAAACACCUCUUCGCCGCCAUGGCCCGUCUAGGAGAGCCCACCAGUACUACUACACUUCCCAAUCGGAAGAGGAAAAUCUUCUUUGCCAUCUUCUCCGUCAUUCUAUUUGCAGGGGCUAUAAUCGGAAUUGUGACCGAAGUCAACUCCCGGAAGACCAAGUCCGCCGCCGACAUCCGCCCACUCACGGCGGCAGCUCACGCAAUUGUGAAAACCUCAUGUGACGCCACGCUCUACCCGGAGCUCUGCUACUCCGCCGUCUCCAGCUUCUCCGGCGCCAGCGACCGGCUGAAGUCCCCGAAGGACGUGAUCGAGAUAUCCUUAAACGUCACGACGAGGGCCACCAAGCACAACUACUUCCUCGUCAAGAACAUCCUCAAUACCCGAAAGGGGCUGACCGUCUGCGAGAAGACGGCGCUGCACGACUGCCUGGAACUGAUUGACGAGACCCUCGAUCAGAUCCGGGAGACGGAGAAGGACCUGAAAGAUUACCCGAGCAAGAAGACGCUCAGGGAGCAGGCCGACAACCUGAAAUCCCUCCUGAGCGCCGCCAUAACCAACCAAGAAACGUGCCUUGACGGGUUCUCUCACGAGGCCGCCGCCAAGCGCCUCCGCUUUUCGCUUCUAAACGGCCAGGAUCACGUUGAGAAACUCUGCAGCAACGCGCUGGCCAUGAUCACGAACAUGACCAACGGGCACAUCGCGGCGGAGGAGGCGAUGAAGCCAUCGACGAGUCCCGGGAAUCGGAAGUUAUUACUGUGGCCGGAGUGGCUGUCCGCGGGCGACAGGAGGCUGCUGCAGGCGAGCACGGUGACGCCCAAUGUGGUGGUGGCGGCCGACGGCAGCGGGAACUUUAAGACGGUGAGCGAGGCGGUGGCGAGUGCGCCGGAGAAGAGCACUAAGAGGUACGUGAUAAGGAUAAAAGCGGGAGUAUAUAGAGAAAGUGUGGACGUGGGGAAGAAGAAGACGAAUAUAAUGUUCAUCGGAGAUGGGAGGAAGAAGACCAUCAUCACCGGAAACAAGAACGUGAAGGAUGGCAGUACCACCUUCCAAUCAGCCACAGUAGCGGCGGUCGGACAGGGAUUCUUGGCGCGGGACAUAACAUUUCAAAACACGGCCGGCCCCGACAAGCACCAGGCGGUGGCACUCCGGGUCGGGUCGGACCUCUCCGCAUUCUACAAUUGCGACAUGAUCGGGUACCAAGACACCCUCUAUGUCCACUCGCUCCGCCAAUUCUAUGUCAAUUGUUUCAUCACCGGCACCGUCGACUUCAUCUUCGGCAAUGCCGCCGCCGUUUUCCAGAAUUGCGAUAUCCACGCGCGCCGCCCAGGCGCGUCCCAGCAGAACAUGCUCACUGCCCAGGGACGAACCGACCCGAACCAAAACACCGGAAUCGUGAUCCAGAAAUCCCGAAUUGCGGCGACAUCUGACCUGCAACCGGUGCAGGCGAGCUUCCGGACGUAUCUUGGGCGGCCGUGGAAGUUGUACUCCCGGACGGUGGUUAUGCAGAGCACGAUCGGCGACUUGAUUGACCCGGUCGGGUGGCACGAAUGGGAUGGGACUUUUGCGGUCAACACGUUGACUUAUCGGGAGUAUCAGAAUAGUGGGCCAGGAUCGGGGACUUCCAAGAGGGUGACCUGGAAAGGAUUUAAGGUCAUGACCAGUGCUACUGAAGCCCAAAUAUAUAGCCCAGGAACCUUCAUUGCCGGUGGAUCUUGGCUGUCGGGAACCACUUUCCCCUUCUCUUUGGGCCUAUAAUAAAUAUGACCAACUUUUUCGAAUUAAUUAUUGACUUCUGUGUGUUGUUGGGCUUUAUGGGCCUGUAGACAGUAGUAACAUCAUAUUUGCAGAGUUGAGAUUUUCUAUUCCAAAAAUAUGUCAUUCUCCAAUACUUGUGGUAUGUAUGGAGGAUGAUAAAAUAAAGUAUGAACUUAUUUUUGGAAUAGAGAAUGUCAUCCUGGUAUUAUUCCCUCAUUGGCUGAUUAGCAUGCUGGAAUUAAUAAAUGGUAUUGUUC